GCAGUUGUGCUCCUUCAGGCUCCUGAGAUCGGGGUUCAAAAUUUUUGGCUUUCCCUCUCUUUUGCUUCACUCACAUUUCCACUCUCUCAUCUUCCUCGUUUCAUCGACUCUUAAUGGGCCGAUCAUCCCUCUAUCCCACGACAACCCUCUCUCUGCCAUCUCCAAUCAAGCCCUCCCCCAAUUCUAUCUCCGAUCCCAUCCUCCCCUAUUUACAGUCAAUAAGCAGUGAAUUGGGCGAAUUGGAGAGAAACCCAGAUGGGCCGGAUCAAAAGCUCAAGGCCCUUUUGGAGGAUUGCGUUCAGAGGUUCUCUGAUGAUCGUUGGUACCAGAACGAUGUCAGGUUCCUCAAGAUCUGGGUCCUAUAUGGAGAUGCUAUUCAAGAUUUCAAAAGGGUUUUCAGAAUGAUGGAAGUGAAGAGAAUUUGUCAGAAGCAUUCACUUCUUUACGAGGCAUAUGCCAUUUUCCUUGUUGCAAAAGGGAAUUUGGUGGAAGCUAAUGAAGUUUAUGAGCUGGGGAUAUCCAGGAAAGCAGAACCUCUGGAUAGGCUGAAGAAAAUGCAUGUUUUGUUCCUGGAACAAAUGUCAGAACUUGCUCAGAAGCCUGUUCCUGAAACGAAGAUUGACAGAACUGGAAUUGAGAGGCGAGAACAAGUUUCCAUAGUAGACCCAUGGUCAAUCUCCACAAGAAAUGAUAUACUGAAAAAGAUUGAUGCUCAGAUGAGGAAGUACAAUGGAUACCACAAGAGCAGUAAGGUCUAUGCCGGAAAAGUAUCCUUGAACUCUUUAAAUAAUUCUUCAAGGAAUAAGAUCAUUGAACUAGGUGGCUGUAAAUACCAGAUCAGGGGUUGCUCUGGCCUUGGUGGGUUUGCUCAAGUCUUCAAGGCUUUUAUUAACAGCAAUCCUGAUGAUGUUGUCGCAUUGAAGAUUCAAAAGCCGGCUUUCCCUUGGGAAUUCUAUAUAUAUCGCCUACUUGACAAGAGGAUUCCUGAAAUGGAGAGAGCAAGUUUUGGUUUUGCUCACAAAGUGCACAUCUACCCUGAUAUCAGCAUACUUGUCUGCAAUUAUUUAUCACAUGGAACUCUUCAGGAUGCUAUCAAUUCUCACCUUUUAUUGCACAAGUUCAUGGACGAAAUACUAUGCAUCUAUUAUACAAUAGAGAUGCUGCGCAUGUUGGAAACUUUGCAUGCUGUUGGCAUAAUCCAUGGAGAUUUCAAACCAGAUAACUUGCUUAUUCGUUAUUCAAGGGACGAUCCAACGGAGGAUGGACCCUGGCGGGAUCAGGGUUUAUGCCUUGUGGAUUGGGGAAAGGGGAUAGAUACGAGUCUUUUCCCUGCUAAUACUGAAUUUAAUGGGGAUUGCAAAACUUCGGGGUUUCAGUGUGUUCAGAUGCAAGAAAACCGGACAUGGACUUAUCAGGUGGAUACUUAUGGUCUCUGUGUAAAUGUUCAUAUGAUGCUUCAUGGGCAAUACAUGAGCAUUGAGAAGAAGAUUACAGCAGAUGGAAGCUACAUUUACCAACCUAAAUUACCUUUCAAAAGGUAUUGGAAAACGGAUCUGUGGAAAAACCUCUUCUCCACCUUGCUGAAUGUACAAACUAAUCAGAGUGAUGUACAGCUACUUCGGAAUUUAAGAAAAUCAUUUGAAGAUUAUCUUUACAAUAACAGGCAGCUAAUGCAAAAUUUAAAGAAAUUGCUGAUGAAACAGAAGGCUUCUUUGUGUUCCUCUUAGUAUGUACUUAGGAAGAAACACUGGCAUGAGUUCAGGCCAAGAAGCCGGUUGACCGAGCUCCAGUAUACCCCACAGUAUGUAUAAGUAUACUUUUUUGUUUUUCUUGUUAUUAUAUUUAAGACGCUGCUGAAGUUUAUGAGUCUUGUUAUUUUUUAUUUAUUUAUGCAAAUAGUUUGAGAGAACUUUAGAAAUCA